AUGCGUUUGGAACUCGGGGGGUGGGAGACGCUUCUUGCUUUGGCACUACUGAACCUUAGAGCCCUCGCCGAGGUCCAUGACCAUGCAUCCAAAGGAGGACACGAGAUAACCUUGAGCAUUCCCCUGCCGACCUCCCCAGAAGCAUGUGAAUCGAAGACUAUCAACUAUAUCACCCAUACCCUCCCACAGCAAUGCCUUCGAACCUCCUGGGCGAGUUCAGCUGCGUCGACCGACCCGCAAGCGACCGAGUCGGGACAUCCAUCAGUAUCUACGCCCACUGCUUCCCGCUCGGACAACGAGAGCUCUCCAGAUCCACCGACCGAGCAGAAACAAGACCAUGAAGAGAAAGAAGGAGGCUCCCGAGCGGACCUGCAGGCCCGAAACGAUGCCGAAGUCCAGGAGGAUCUCGCCACCGAUUCCUUCAUGUCGUUUGAGGAAUGGAAGGAGAUGAUGCUACGCAAAUCCGGGCAGGACCCUACCGACCUAAAGGGCCGGAAGCAUCGAGAACAGAGGGGUGACAGGGAUCCAGGGGUCGGCAAUGGCGACCUCGAUGCCCUUGGGGACGAUGGAGAGAUAUCGCUGGACUUCGACGCACUGUCCGACAAGGUUUCCGAGCUGACCGCAUCGCAGCCCGGGGGCGCUCCACCGGGCACCGCGGAGGCGCAGGAAGAUCAGGUCUUCUACGAUGAUGGCAAGACUCAGUACUACCGCAGCAAAGACGCAGGGAAGACCUGCAAGGAACGGUUCUCUUAUUCCUCGUUCGACGCUGGGGCGACGGUGCUCAAGACCAGCCCGGACGCCAAGAAUUCCAAGGCAAUCUUGAUCGAGAACAAGGAUUCGUAUAUGCUUCUUGAAUGCCAUACCAAGAACAAGUUUGUCAUCGUCGAGCUGAGCGACGACAUUCUCAUCGACACCGUGGUACUUGCAAACUUCGAGUUCUUCUCCAGCAUGAUUCGCAAAUUCAGGGUCAGCGUCAGUGCCCGCUACCCCGUCAAGCUGGACAAGUGGGUAGAGCUGGGUACCUUCGACGCCCGGAAUUCGAGGGAUAUCCAGCCCUUCUUGGUCGAACACCCGCAGAUCUAUACCAAGUAUAUUCGGAUAGAGUUCUUAUCCCACUACGGCAACGAGUAUUACUGCCCUGUUUCGCUUCUCCGCGUCCAUGGGACUCGCGGCCGAGAUGACGACGAUAUUGAAGAAACCAUCGACAGUCCUGCUCAGGAGGCAGCGGCAAAUACUAGUCAAGUAAUCGAGCCGGUCAUCCCUCAACAGGCUGACUCGUUCGAGCUGUCGCGUGAAACUUGCGCAACUGGAUCUCCGACGACGGGCCAGCCGACUGCGGAAUCGCCGGUUCCAUCAACGUCUAAUCUGAGUGAAGCCACUCAGACUAACGGUUCUCCUACUACUAAGGCCGCGACGGAGACGACGACCCCAGCAAGUUCGGGUUCAUCGGAUGCUGCUUCUCCUACGUCCUCGUCGCCAUCGUCGUCAGCCAAGCCUACGACAUCAGCGCCGACGGCCAAGGUCACCUCUCAAGCACACCCCACGUCGAAAAACAAAACCAGCGCCUCUAGCGCGCAGUCAGCCUCCCCGACCGUCCAGGAGUCAUUCUUUAAGACCGUCACCAAGCGCCUGCAGCUCCUCGAGUCCAACACGUCCCUGUCCCUCCAAUACAUCGAGGACCAGUCCCGCUUCCUCCAGGAGGCCCUCCGGAAGAUGGAGAAGAAGCAGCUCAGCCGCGUCGACGCCUUCCUUGACAACCUGAACAAGACGGUCCUGACCGAGCUGCGCAACGUGCGGACGCAGUACGACCAGAUCUGGCAGUCCACCGUCAUCGCCCUCGAGUCCCAGCGCGAGCAGUCUCAGCGCGACGUUGUCGCUCUGAGCUCCCGCCUCAACGUCCUCGCCGACGAGGUCUCCGUCCUGCUGCUGAGCUGCCUCGUCCUCGUCAUCUUCAGCCGCAGCUACGUUGGGAACAGCUUGGAGCUGGCCCUCCAGCAACAGCAACAGCAACAGCAACAGCAACAGCAGCACCAGCAUCAGCAUCCAGGUCACCACCACCACCACAACGCUCUCGCAGAUGCCUCGUCACCCAGUCCCGCGCAAUCCCCCGACACUCACAGCCGCGGCGGUAGCGGCGGCCCGCGCCGCGACAAGACGCUGCCCCUGACGCCGACGUCCGAGUACGCCCGGAGCCGGGGCGUCACGCCCUCGAUCAACGUCGAAGAGGCGGAGGAAGAAGAAGAGGAAGGCGGGGAGGCUAGCUUCCUCGAAGACGUGCCCGAGCUCGACGACACGCCCCCCCGGACCACCAAGGGCGCCCACACCGAUGCCCGGUCCGAGUCGGAGGCUGCUCACAGAGCCCGGGGAGCCCCCGAUGAGAGACAUUCUUCCCACGGAAACGAAGACCCCUUGAGGCACUCAUCGACUCGGUCUACUUUUUCACAGCACGGUAGUGCCAGAAAGCCACUUCCUGCCUUGCCUGAGGAUCCGCCGGGGGAUCCGAGUUGA